AUGGAGAACAGCAUUCGCCACAUGUCCUUGGAUCCUUUGCCGAGUGCAACCAGAGGGGCAGCCAGGAGAAAGUUUUGGUCAACGUCUCUCUCCCUCUCUCCAUCCACACCAAAGCUCUUUAGGCUACUUUGCGCAUGUACGGCCAGUCUAACAGAGCAUUGCAUCGAUUCCAAGAUGGCGAUAACACGUCUGGCUUGCCUCCUGACUCUCCUCACAACUCACUGCUACGUCAGCGUGUUAGCAGUGGUCCUGAGAACAGUGAACGACUCACCGUGGACUGAUGAGUUCGACAGAAUCGAGUUAUCGUGUUUGAUUGAGUCCAUCUCAACAACUAAUCCCAGAAUCGAAUGGAAGAAAAUAACAAGUGAAGGACCCAGUUAUGUGUACUACGAUAGGAAAAUCUCAGGGGCCCUGGAGAACAGAGCGGUGAUCAGAGAACCGGCCACAUUACUGAUAACUAAUGCCACCAGAUCAGACACAGCCAAAUAUCGCUGUGAGGUCACGGCUGCUAAUGACCAGAAGUCGUUUGAUGAGAUUGUGAUCGACCUCGUUGUAAGAGUAAAACCCGUGGUGCCAAAGUGCAGCGUCCCAAAGUCAGUGCCUUUUGGGAAGUCUGCAGAGCUGACCUGUGUGGAGGAGGAGGGCUUCCCCAAGUCUCAGUACCAGUGGUUUAAGAACCGUGAGGAGAUCCCAGACGACCCAAAGACCAGCCUCAAAUUCUUCAACUCCUCGUACACGCUCAACGCAGAAACAGGAACUCUGAAGUUCGUCACAGUCAGAAAAGAAGAUGCAGGCGAUUACUACUGCAGAGCAAAGAACGAUGCAGGAUACGCUGAGUGUCCGGCUCAAAACAUGGAAGUCUAUGACAUUGAUGUGGUUGGGAUCAUAUUGGGAGUGCUGGUGGUGGUGGUGGUUCUCUUGUGUAUAACAGCGGGGAUCUGCUGUGCGUACAAGAGAGGCUUCUUCUCCAGUCAAAAACAGACAGGGAACAAUUACAAAGUUCCAGCUAAAGGAGAUGGAGUGGACUACGUCAGGACGGAUGAUGAGGGGGAUUUCCGACACAAGUCAUCAUUUGUGAUCUGAAGGAGAAGAGGAGGAUGAGCGUCUUUGUGCUGAGUGAGAGACAUGACAUGUGGGACUGAACUCCACGCUGUCUGACACGGAGCCGCCACAGUUCAUGCUCGGAGCGCUCAGCACGACAAAAUACAACCACUCAAAGUUUGCCAAAGGUGACAGCAAGAAUCCACAGGACAACAAAACUUAGAACUGUCAUACACGUAAGGACUGAGGUUCAUUAGUCGACUUUUAUCACCAACCAUGGAAAUCAUUUGACUAAAUUAUGGAGAUUUUCUUUACAGUUAUUGCAUGGUUUUGAAGCAGGUGGAGCAGUAAAAACAUUUCUUUGUUUGUCGCCGUAGAACCCAAGGAGUCGGUCUAUCAUGACACAUUUCUACUGUACAACAUUAGCUUCAAACCUUCUGUCAUUUGUAUAACAUUUCUUUUCUACUGUUGAAAUUUGUCAGACUAUUUUUGAUGGAAUAUAUUUUAAAAUGCCUAUAGAUAAAGGUUUACUUUUUUAAAUAUUUGUAAAGUACUAACGUGUUUUUUCUUUUUUUAUUUGGUUGUGGAUAAAAAUAUGUAACACUUUAACCACUUUGCAUCGAGCUGUAAGCAUUUACACCUUCGCAAUCAUGAGAAAACAAAAGAAAAACGAUUUGUUUUAGCAUAUCCAGAUGUGCUUCUUGAUGGGCGGUCUUACAUAUUUAAUUUCUGCGCUGGGAAAAGCCCGGCUCCUGUCGUGAUAGACUUCCAUGUUAAUGUUUGUAGAUAGUCUUUGAAGAGUGCCAGUCAAAUGCUGUGAAACACUGUACACGAUCAGUGCUGCAUUUUCUUGAUUUUAAGUGUCCUUCUAUGCUUGCUGUUAAUCUUGUAUAUAUUGAAUUUACUCCAGGAUAGUUUUGCUGUCAUGCAUACAUUCAGUAUUACACUAAAAUAAUCAUGAAGAUAAUACGACUAACAGGGUUUGUAGGUUAACCUUCCAGACCCGGCCGUAAAGAGUCAAAUCUGAGUGAACAUUACGUCACACUUUCUCAUUUUAUUUUUACUACCUGUGCAUUUUCUAUUUGAACUUCUUAGUCAAGAGUUUUAAAGUUAUAAUCACUAAAGAAACAAUUCGUAAAUUCAACCCCUUCAAUCACAUUUUAAAAUCUCCUAAUGAUCAUGGCUGAAAUCUGCUGACUUGCUUUCACAAACCACCUUUGCUGAUAAAUGUGUAAGUGCUACAUGAUUCUGAGAAAUAGUUUGAUCACAGUAUUUUCAUGCUUUGAUGAUCAACGGUUUGAUUCAUCAUGAAAACAGAGACGAACAGCUGCCAGUUUAAAAACAGCUCGUUUGCGCCAGCCAUGCACAAAUUCUGUGCAUAUUCAAGUUACAGCUUAAGUUGUAUUUUAUUCUUUGGUUGCAUCACAGUGGAGUUAUCUUCACUAGCAGAGCAAGUCUAACCAAAAUAUUGUAAAAAAAUAUGAAGUUUUUAAAUUAUGUGACCAGUCAGAUUAAAGUAUAUUUAACACAGUGUAUGUUACAGUGUUGACUCUCAUGUCUACUUGCUUCUAAAGAGGCUAACAACUGAAAAUUACUUGGAUUAACUGACAGAAAAUGGCAGAAAUUACUCCAUUGUCAAAGCAGUGUGGUUAUGUGAUAAAUAAAGCCCACUCCAGGGAUGGACAACUGGCAGCUAAGGUAUCCCUCCUCACUAAACGAAGCUCAGAAGUCAAUUUUAGAUAUUCCAAAAGUUGUGAACAACACAUGAAAAAUAUCAGAAAUUUCAUAUUAAUCUUUGAUCAGUGUACUUUGUUCAUAUCUUAUCUCUCAAUCAAGAAGAUGAUCACAUGGAGGGCUGUGAGCUGAGAUGCUUAAAUCAAACCUCAAUCUUGAUUUUUGUGUUUAUCUUUAACCUAAUAUCUGCUUGUCAGAAGUAUAAGCAGAGAUUGCCAACAAUAAAAACGUUGACUCAAGCAGAUUCACGUAAAAAGAACUGUUUUUUUCAUUUAUCUUAACCUGCCACUUACAGAGGCGUAACUCAUGAAACCCACUUAAAUUUUUAUCAAGAUGACCUAUCAAGAUCAUGCUAAUGCCCAACUCUCACUGAUGUUUCUAACUUGAAUUUCCUUUUUAUUCUGUUUUAUUUGAUUUUUCACUAAAUCUUCAGUGUAACAGUGAUAUAAACAUAAUUACAGCUGCGGUCUGGAGGGUUAACAGUUGUUCUGAUUGUAUAUAGAUGCUUGUUUUGUUUUUCUUUCUCUCUCUAAAGAUUAUGUAAAGUGGUGAAACAUGAAAAAAUUCCUAUUUGAGGCGACAUGAAACUCUUUCCAUUUGUAAGACUGAGAAAAGAAAACAUUUUACCAUUUUUUUAUUUUUUAACUCUAAACAAGAGCUUCUUCACCACAACGACGCGACACAGUUAGAUGAUACGUACUGAACUGUUAGCAGCUAUCACUCCUGGCUAACACCAGUACUGUUUGUUGGCUAGCAUGUACAUUUGUAACUCUUAAAAGGCUGAAAUUACUGUAGCUAACUACAUUAUUGAUGGCUAGCUAAUCUUUGUUAGCCUGUUUCAUUAUUAUUACCUGACUUAAAUAACUGUUAGUUGGCUAACAUUUCUAUUAGCUGGUCAAAUCACUGUUGGCUAGCUAGUCUUUGUUAACUUAAAUGUCAAACAGAACUUGUUGUUAUCGGUGCAGCUAGCUAAUCACAACGAAGCUAGCUGACAGUAAUUUAAGAAAACUAGCAGUAAUGAGCUCGUUUCAAGUAUCUGGAAUCGUCAUUACUAAAGGCUAGCUUCUGAACUGUUAGCAGGUUUUGGUUUUUAUGCCGUUCUUUUAUUAAUACUAUUCUGUAUCAGCAUCAAAUAGCUAUGCUAGCUAGCUCAAAUUUUAAACAAUAAUGUUAGCGUUUCUGCUUUAAGCUAGCUCAAUUACAGAACUUUACACUCUGUCAGUAGCUAGCUGUAUUACUAGCUAGCCAACAGUAAUCAAGCUAGCUAACAAUAUUAGCCUAAAUGCUAGGUAAUAGUUAAGUUAGCUUUCAAACAGUAAUAAAGCUAAUGGUAUUAUUAGAUGCUUACAGUAAUGACAGCUAGCUUUUUUACUGUUAAGAUAUUGUUAAAAUUAAUGCUUUUUCUCUAUAUUCAAGCUUGCUAACAGGAAUAAGAGGUGGCUGUAAUUUUAUGAAGGUAUUGGUCAAAUAAUCAUGCCUGAAAAUAUUUUCUUUCCUCCGUAUUUCUCUGUAAAUUAACAGUUUCCCAUCUUUUAAGAAUUUGAGAAUUUCCUGAAAAAUUCACGUUUUGAAUGCAAAAUGUCCUCCUUUAUUCCUUACAGGUCACGUAAAGCUCUUGUUUAGUAGUUAAAAAUAUUUUUUUAAGCGAUAAAUGUGGUCAAAUGUUCGCUGAGUAUCAGUCAUGGUAGAGACGAUCUGCCCGACAUUUGCACACAGGAAAUAACUAACACUGCUCUGUCUUUUUAAGUCAACGUGUUGAAUUCAGGAACCAAGAGAAAAUAUUUGAAAGAGUACAAACCUGACAAAUCUAAGAAAGAACAAGUUUCAGGUACAUUUAUGAUGCGUCACACAGAACACAGAUCAUACGUUCCCCUCUCAUUUGUAUAAAUUCAUUCCUCUUAAGUGCCUUUAAAGUCUCUCCACGGCCAUGCUCUCUCCUGCUCCGACGUUUCUACGAUACUGUCGAAGGUUUCACGUUCAACCACAAGCACGGCGUUUGAGAGGAAUGAUAUCACCACAAAUCUUCACCCCCUGUCUUUACAUGCGUAUCUGCUAAUGUGUAAAUAGCUGUUUUUCAUAGAUUUGAUGGUGUAGACAUGUUGAAGUAGAGAAUAGAACUAUAUUAGUGCCUAAAUAUAGUGGGACUUAUUUUUGGAGAAGACACAUUAUAGCACUAUUAGGCAAAAGAAAAGAGGGACACCCACAGCAGGGACGUUUAUACAUUAGCUCUGGUUUGUAACAGGUCUAAAUCUGUCCUUGCUGUUUAUUUUCAGAUUAAACAGCCGCAGCUCUCAGAGACAAACACAAUGUUCAAACCCAGAGUCGACCCCGUGUCCAUGGACGUGUCGGCAGCUGUAAUGGAGCUCUGAUUAUUCAGGCAGUGUGAGCGCUUAAUAAAGCAGAGUUCAUGCGAAGUGUCAGACACAAACAAACACAGAGGAUCCUGCAGGACGCCCACAUUUAGCCCACAGGCAGCCAUGAACACGUCCGUCUGUAAUCUGGUUUGAUGUUGUAAAGCAGCGUUGGUACAGAGAGAUGUUUCCAGUGUUUGUUUUUUUUUUUUUCUUUUUUUUAAACCACGCUAACUCACCACUGUCUUUCAAAUCAAAGAUGGCAGCGCUCCUCUGAUGCAGCUCUGUGAAACUGUUAGACUGAGGUCUGGUGCAUCAUGUGACUUCAUGAACCAAACUGAAACAGUAGAAUGUCCAUCUGGAGCCUGCGGGGCCUGUUUUUGUUCAUUUUAGAGACACUCGAUUUGUGAUUAAUAAAACUCACUUCUGAUAUGA